GGGAACAUGGAGAAAGUAAAACACCUAAUAGAAUUGCCAAAUGCAAAUGCAAACUUGACAUUGUGGAAGGCAGACAUGAACAUACAAGGAAGCUAUGAUGAAGCAGUCCAAGGUUGUGAAGGGGUGUUUCACAUGGCCACACCUAUGGAUUUUGAAUCUAAUGAUCCUGAGGUAUGUCCUUACCAGACAACUUUAAUCGACUCUAACGACAUUAUGUUAUCAAACAAUGUGUCAAGACACAAGUUAAUAGAAUACACAUUUGUUACAAAUCUUUAAGAGCUAGCUAGCUAGUUGGUGCAGUAGAUAUUACAGAAUGAGGUUAUAAAGCCAACAGUAGAUGGUAUGUUGAGCAUAAUAAGAUCAUGUGCCAAAGCCAAAACAGUGAAGAAAUUGAUCUUCACAAACUCAGCUGGGGCAUUGAAUGCCGAAGAACACCAAAAACCAGUCUACGACGAAACCAACUGGAGUGACCUGGAUUUCAUAUACUCCAAGAAAAUGACUGGAUGGAUGUAUUUUGUGUCCAAGAUUUUGGCUGAGAAGGAAGCAAUGAAGGCAGCUAAAGAGAGCAACAUUAACUUCAUAAGCAUUAUACCAACUGUGGUAGUUGGUCCAUUUAUCAUGCCCACCUUACCACCUAGCCUAAUCACUGCACUUUCCCCCAUCACUGGAAAUGAAGCUCAUUACUCUAUCAUAAAGCAAUGUCAGUUUGUGCAUGUCGAUGAUUUGUGUGAGGCCCACAUUUUAAUGUUUGAGCAUCCAACAGCACAAGGAAGAUACAUUUGCUCUUCCGAUGAUGCAACCAUAUAUGACCUAGCAAACAUGAUCAGAGAAAAAUGGCCCGAAUAUCACAUCCCAACCGAGUUUGAAGGCAUAGACAAGGACAUACCAUUGGUGCAUUUCUCUUCCGAGAAACUGAAGGCCACGGGAUUUUCGUUCAAGUACACGUUAGAGGACAUGUACAGAGGUGCAAUCGAGACUUGUAGAGCAAAAGGUUUGCUCCCACAUUCAACUCAAAUUCACACCUAUAGCGAUGAGAAGGCCAAACCCAAUGAUCAAGGGAGAAAGCUAAUUCCAACUUUGCAAGAAAACUAUUCUAAAAUCCUAACUAAUGGAGACGAGGAGAAGAAUCUGCUUCCAAAUUCAAAGGGAAAGGAGGUUGGGGAAUGAGAGAAUGGCCUGCUGUUGGACAUUGCAUACAACCAACACUCGGGAUCUGGAAGAUGGAGAUAAUCGUGAUAUUUUUUCGACCGAAAAGCUCAUUCUUAUACCCAUUUUGCG